AUGCGGCAACGGGCCGAGAAGAUCCCUCCCGGACAGCGGGAUCGUCUGGAGCAGUGGGCGAGGAGGCUCAAGUCCGCCUUCUACGACGCCGAGGACAUCCUUGACGUCGCCGACUAUCACCGCCUUGAGAAGCAGGUCAUGUCUCAGUCGGGAACCAAGUCAGCAAUAACUAUAAACCGUGUGAAACAAAUCACCUCUGGAAAAAACAGAAAACUGAAGAAUGCUCUAAAGAAGUUGGAAAACAUAAUUGAAGAAGGGUCUCAGCUUUUGUCACCGCUGGCUAGCACCAUUACUAGUGGUAGUAGUAGCAAUGACAUAUCAGAUCCUGCAAACAGCGCAGCCAGGAUUGCCACUACUUCAUCUGUGACAGGUUUCAUAAUUGGUAGAGACAAGGAACGUGAUGACAUAAGAAGGAUGCUCCAUGAAAGUGUUUCCGAACCAGCCUCCAGUAACAGCAAGUGUUAUUCAGUGAUUGGUAUCUACGGUAUUGCUGGUUCUGGGAAGACAACACUAGCACAACAUGUUUGUACCUUUGAACGAACAGAGAACUAUUUUAAACCUAUCAUGUGGAUUCAGAUGAAGUUAGAGGAAGCACUGAGAGGCAAAAGGUUCCUGUUAGUCUUGGAUGAUGUAUGGACUGCGAAGGAUGACAAAGAUGAAUACCAAUUGGAUCAGCUACUUUCUCCGCUUGAGGUCGGGAAUACAGGGAGUAAGGUCCUGCUCACGACUCGAUUUGUCGAUGCAGCUAAGUAUCUACGUUGUCAUAGCCCUAUCUUAAUACCUGACUUGAACGAGAUGGAUUUCUUCCACCUUUUUAUGCAUUAUGCACUACAUGACACAAAUCUUGGUGACCAAGAAUCAGAAACUUUUAAGAUAAUAGGCGGAAAGAUUGCAAAAAAACUGAAGAGCAUAUUUCCCCAAGGAGACAAGUUUGGACGUGCUGAGUUAGUUGGCUUAUGGAUGACAGAAGGCUUUAUAAAAACUACAGGUACUGUUGAGGAAAUGGAAUAUAUAGCACAUGGCUACUUUGAUGAACUGGUGUCAUGCUCAUUUCUGCAAACGGGAAAAUACACAAAUAGCACCAAUGAGAAUGAGUGGGUUACUACUCAUGAUCUUCUGCAUGAAUUGGCUACCAUGGUUGCUGGAAAUGAUUGUACCCGAAUUGAUGGCAGUGAGAUGAAACAGUUCCCUCCUGAUGUUCGCCAUCUUUUUGUGAGGUUGAACGAACCAAUGAAGUUUAUCAAGCAGAUUUGCAAAUUAGAAAAUUUACGCACAUUAAUCAUUACUAGCAUUGAAGGUCUGACUAUAAUAACCAUACAAGAAUUUGAGGGAAUUUUGAAAAAGUUAAAGAAAUUGAGUGUUGUGCAUGUGCCUCUACAAGGCAAAAUGGUGAAGAUCCCUGCCUGUAUUUGUGACUUAAAACAUCUACAUUCUCUCACCAUCAAUGCCUUCACCAACAGUUUGUACAGUCAGAUACAUUUGCCAAGACAUUUUGAUAAACUAUAUCAUCUGCAGACUUUAGAGCUCCAGGGUGAAGGUUUUUUAGAAUUCUCCAACGUGAAGAACAUGAGUAGCAUGAAUAGCUUGAGACACGUCAAGAACUCCAGACAUCGUUUAUUUCAUUUUUCUAAGGUUUCAUGUUUUCCUGGGGUUGCGGAGAUGAAAUCACUUCAAGAAUUGAGUGACUUUAGAGUGAGGAAGGAGAAGGGGUAUGAGUUGCAGCAGCUGGAGGGACUAAAUCACCUUUGUGGCAGCCUGAGAAUCAGUGGCCUUGAAAAUGUGGAAAGCAAGGAGAGAGCACUAGAAGCCAAGCUAUCUGACAAGAAGUACCUGACAACAUUGAUACUUGAAUGGCCAUUGCAGCCGUCUAGUCAACAUCCAGACCUCGAAGCGGAGGUAAUUGAGGGCCUCUGCCCACCGUCACAGCUAACAAAACUAGUAAUAUAUGGCUACAGAGGAUGGAAGUGCCCAAGCUGGUUGGAGCAAAAGUUUAGUAGCCUACGAUGCCUAGAACUCGAGCAUUGUGUUAACCUUGAAGCUCUCCCUGAUAUCAGUGAGCUUUUCAUUCACCUUGAUGAGCUUAGACUUAUUGCUCUUCACAAGCUAAAGAAGUUGCCAAGACUUCCAGAUAGCCUGAAGAGCCUAGCCAUUCAUAUCUGUGAGGCUAUAGUUGAGACAUGUGUGGAAGAUGUGAAGCUGAUGAGAGCAAUCCCUUGUGAGGUGAUGAUGUCUCUAACUAUGCUUCAGACUCUCAAAAUCAUUAAUUGUGCCCAAUUUACUUGUUUGCAAGGCCUAAAUUAUCUCAUCAGCCUGCAACACCUCACCAUCAUGAAGUGUCCCAACCUUCUUAUGACCCUUGAAGAGGCCGAAAAGGUACAAUGUCUUGUUAGGAUCACUGUUGAUGACAUACCCCUUGUGCCACGUCUGAUGUCAAGAAAAGGCUUCUCAUCUCUACGGAUUCUUAGUAUUGAGCAAUCGAAUGAGCUGAGGGAAGAAGAAAUCCUGCAACAGUUUCCUUCUCUAGCAACGCUUUACUUUGAUUGGUGCCAGUUGAGCAGCUUGCCGGAGAAUUUGGGGACCCUGCCACAACUACAGAAUUUGUUUUUGCGGUGGUGCCCAAAUGUUCGGUCACUUCCAACUCUGCCCGUAUCUCUACAAUCUUUUAUACUUCAUGACUGUGACAAGUCAUUCAUGAAGAGCUGCCAAACGGCUGAUGAUCCAAACUGGCAAAAAAUUACUCAUGUUCGCACAAAACAAUUUAUUCAGGGUGAACCCGCAGAAAUACGCAAGUGUCAGAGAUCUCUGCGACCGUAUCAAAGGAGGGGAGGGAUGGGGGCAGGGCGCACCUGCGGCGGAACGACGGCGAGGCUGCCCGGAGGAGGCCCCGUAGAGCCACACGGCUGGUUGGCCGCCGCUGCCGCCGGCAGCUCUGGGAGCGGCUGGAAGGCGACGCCCCGGCGAAGGCGAGGUGGAUUUCGGUUCGGCGGCGGCGAGGCAGCGGGUGAGGAAGCAGGAGUCUGA